AUGUUGACAGGCCGGGGGGCCCUCUCGACGCCGUCAGUGGUCUGGCUGGCCGACGCCUGCUCUCAGGGAACAAGCAAUGCCAUGAGCAUAAAAACUCAGACCUCCGAUUUUUUUAUGGUCACGGCAUCGUUUGUUCCCCUGUGCUCCGGCGGCCAGACUCGGAGCCGCCAAUGUGUGGUCCUCACCGCUGCGUCAGGGCCCUGCCUCGUGGAGAGGCGCCCCAGCGACCACCCUGCGGGGGACCGCGCGGGCGGGCCAGGCGUGCACUGGCGGGAGUGCCCAGCGGCGCGCGCAGAGUGUGUGUGUGUGUGUGUGUUAUCGGGGUAG